UUGGUGACCCAAUUUUGUUGAGGAAUGUCAAUCUAUCGAAUCCUCCAAGUAUUUGUUGGCAAAGAGCAAUUCAGAACUGAAAAAACUGAUAGCAAAUGAAGAAAUUUGCAGCUGCAAAAGCAGUUUCAAUGAACUUCGAACAGCUUGGGGCUUAGCCGAAUUUAUAAUUUUUUUAUUCUCCAUCCUCCCCUCCAAUCCAUUUGGGUUUUUUUUUCAAGUUCAUCCAUGGCUUUCACUGGGAGGUUUUCCAGUGCAAACAUGCUCACCCCACGAACUGCUGUACUUCGCUCCCCAUCACUGCAGACCAAGAUCCGAAUUGGGGGUCUCAGAGCACAUCUCCGUGAAGAUGAUGACCCUUUAUUCCUCAGUGCCAAAGAAGCUGCCUCUCUCCGAUUCAUGGAGUCCCAACAACCGGAUCCCCUUUUCUUUGAUGAAUAUGCCGGCUGUUGGGCUACUCCUAAUCCUCAAAUCAACACAAACUCUCACCAUUAUUGUGUUGUAACUAAAUUCUUAGACGAUAAUUUGAUUAAAAAAGUCAAUAAUGUAAACGGAGUUAAGCAGGUUGUGUUGCUAACAGAUGGAAUGGAUACUAGACCAUAUCGGAUUCGUUGGCCAAUGUCGACAAUAAUUUUCGACAUAUCCCCUGACAAUGUCUUUAAAAGAGCAGCUCAAGAUUUGCUAGGUAGUGGGGCUAAGAUUUCAAGAGGCAACUUUUUCUGUCAUGUACCAUUGGAGUCCCCACAUGUACAAUUAGAAAUUUGUAGUAGAGGUUUUCGAGGAGACCAACCAAGUAUAUGGGUGAUGCAGGGACUUCCUAUUAAAACUUUGGUAGAUUUUGAAGAUGUUCUGUUCCUUGUUAGUAGCUUAGCUACCAAAGGAAGUUAUUUCUUGGGUGAAUUACCUUCUUGGUUGGCUGAAACUGAGAUUAAGUCCAAGUCUAGUACAAGUACAAUAAAGUGGAUGGACAAACUUUUUAUGGGCAACGGUUUUCGAGUUGAAACGAUCGCCAUUGCAGAACUUGCAAGGAGAUUAGGCAAGGAGUUGACAUUGGAACCCUAUAAGAAUAUCCCAUUUGUUGCUGAACAACUACGAUUUUCGGAUUAUGAGAUGGAAACGUGGAAGAAGGAAUUCGAGAGGAUUGAAAACGAAGGAGAUGAAGAAGGAUUUGAAGAACUAUGAUUUUGUUCAUAAAAGUAACUUUUUUCUGUUGUUGUGUCAUUAUUACUAACAACUUAGAUGACAAUGACAAUUGGUUUCUUGUGCACCAAGGAGAUUGACAAUUUGAUUUUGAAACGAAGGUUUUAGUCUAAAUUAAGUUCAAUUCAAAAUUA